UGGUUAUACCCAGUGCAAACACGCGAACACAAGGACUAUAAUACUUCAUGUAUGUGUCAACAUUCUUCACAGUGAAUCUCGAGAGAUUUUUACAUUUUGUUAUAAUUUGUUUAUCUGAAAUGAAGAGAAAAGCGACAAGCAUUGAUCCUAUUUGAACGGAUAUUAAAUUCCCUCAAGUUGCUAUGGAUGGAAUAUUCUUGAAUACAGAAGUGUAGCAUAAUAGUCGUGGAUACAAAUGGCGAGUACCAGUGUUCAGCCCGUAAUUCGAGAUGUCGACAAAGGGACGACGCCCCAGAGGAAACUUGAACGCGAAAUGCGGAUGGGGACGAUGACGUCAAGGCGCGCGCUCAUGGAACGUGAACGUGCGAUGGACGCCGCGCGUAACCCGGGCGUCAGCAGGUUCGGGGACUGCCUCGUCUCCGUGAACUCAAAAUCUGACAAAAUGUUGAACUCUCACUUAAGGAAGAUAAACUCAGAAAUACGGAGGAUGGAAGCGCAGAUAAACAAUAAGAUGAAAUGUUUUGUGAAAAAUAGCUCUGUACUAAACCACGACCCAAUUAUUUUAGUGGAGCGACCGGCUUCACCAGACGUUGUUAGAAAGGCGUUUUCAAUGAAGUCAGAAAAAGACGUUCACGGUUAUCCGACGACGGUGGACGAGGAAAAGCCGAGUUACAUGCGGCAGUUGCGCUCAAGGGCACGAACGCCGUCCACCCUCACCACCAUCGAUGCAUUCACGGUAAAGCCAAGAAGGAAGAAAAACGUCUGGGAAGACGCGGCCGACGCGAAGCCGGAGUUUCAGAGCACCGUCCGUCCGUACGCCAAACUCACACAGCGGGAAGUUUCUGAACUCCAAAAAGGGUACGAGUUUCACAAACCUAAGCUAGAGUCUGCCGCUCAGUCUGAUAUUGAUGAGCAGAGCCACAAAUCACUUCCGUUGCCAAAGAAAAGAGGCAAAGACGUCCAUACAGAUGACAGCGAUGAGGAGGACAUAGGGACGCCGUUCAUUACUCAGAUGGCCUUGAUGCGGAAGGGGAAGAGCCAGGAUCGACAGGAGCACACCUUGGCGGAGAUUAACAUUCACCACCGCUCAUCGGAAAUGAUAUCCGACGACGGCCGCGCGCGUAAAGAGUCAGAACACGGCAGUCGCGCUGAGAAAUCUGUGAGAUUCAAGGCGCCCGUUCUGUCGGCGCCAACCAAGAGGGGUGGAGCAACAAAGCGCAGGACAAAGACGUCCGAAACUAUUAUCACUUUAGUUCAGCAAACCUAGCUUAUGUGUGUUUAUAUGCAAUAUUUAUAGUUACUACGUUUAAGUGCUAUUACCUCAUUCUGUUAAGGAUGGCAGUCAUUAUUAGAACGUGAGCUUACGACUAAAUUUCGGUGGUUUUCUUACGAAAUCAGUCCAUUCCAGACACAUGUUCAAUAAACAACUUAUUCCAUUUCAUGAGUCAAUGGUGAAUAAAAACUAAUAAAUUGGUAUAAUAACGAUCAUUAAUACACCAAUUUCCAGUAGACAACAAAAUCUGACAAAUGGUGCACGAUCAUCAAGUUCAUUAUAUUUCGCUUGUUCUUACAAGUGCGAACAUAUGCAACAUACUUGUUUUCAAAUCUUAUUAAAUAAAUUAAUGCCUUGAUA